GCCAAUUACUUGAAAGACCUUUAACAAAAGCAGCUAAUGUUUGGUAUCUUCUGGAAUCUGAUCAUAGUCAAUACAAUUACAAAAUUAUUAAUAAACAUCAAUUUUAUAGAGAGCUCUGGGGCAUUGCAUGUAAUAUUACACAAAAGGCUAUAAAAAAACAAGAUCGUACUAUAUUAGAUAAGCUACAAAAUAUUCUUGAAGAAUUGGCUACUACUGAUAAGAAAGAUGAAGAUGAGGAAAAUGAGAAAAAUAAAGAAUAUGAAAAAGAUAAAAGUGUAAAUGAAUCUGAUGAUGAUGAAGUACUAUUUGAUCUUCAAAAUCCUCAAAAAAAACCUAGAAGAGGAUGA